AUGUCCACACCCGAACCACUCCAGGGAGUGGUGACGGACGAGAAAGCCCGAGCAGCCCUAAGCUCAAGGUCAUCCUCCGAGUCCCAGCCGGAAAACCCUUCCAAAAAAUGGUAUCAAAAGCUCAACCCGUUGCGCCUGCAAAAGAUUCCUCCAGUCCCAACAGAGCGAUCAGUCUCCCGUGAAUACGGCGCCUCGGUAUUCAGCAUAAUCUAUUUCCAAUGGAUGUCACCUUUAAUGAAAGUGGGAUACUUGCGCCCACUAGACUUGCAGGAUAUCUGGACCGUCAACCCAGACCGCGCCGUCGAUGUACUAUCAGCGCGGCUGGACGCAGCCUUAGAAAAGCGGAAUGAGAGCGGGACCAAAAACCCGCUCGCCUGGGCGUUGUAUGAUACGUUCAGGUUCGAGUUUUUGCUGGGUGGCGUGUGUCAGUUCUUCAGUUGCUUGCUGCUUGUUUUUGCGCCGUACUUGACUCGCUAUCUCAUUGCUUUUGCCACUAGCGCCUAUGUGGCUCAGCAUAGUGGUCAGCCGGCUCCGCAUAUUGGUCAUGGUAUGGGAUUCGUGGUAGGUAUCACUUGCAUGCAGGGGCUCCAGAGUCUGUGUACGAAUCAGUUCUUGUACAGGGGUCAGAUUGUUGGUGGGCAGAUUCGUGCCGUGCUGAUAUCGCAUAUCUUUAACAAGGCCAUGAAGCUUUCUGGUCGGGCUAAGGCCGGAGGGAAAGCCACUGAUGAGGAAAUCAAGGCGCUGGAAGCUACUAAGGAGGCUCUUCUCAAUCCUGAAGAGAAGGGCAAAAAAGACCAGGGAAAGAAGUCCGAUGCGGCUGCUGCUACCCCUGGUGGCGUGGCUGGUGAUGGUACUGGUUGGAACAAUGGUCGCAUCACUGCUCUCAUGAGCAUCGACGUGGACCGAAUCAACCUGGCCUCUGGCAUGUUCCAUAUGAUUUGGAGUUCGCCCGUCACCCUCAUCGUCACAUUAGUUCUUCUCUUGGUCAACCUGGGCUACAGUUGCUUGUCAGGAUAUGCUUUGCUUUUGAUCGGAAUGCCGCUCCUUACUUUCGCCAUCCGAUCCUUGAUCAAGCGUCGACGAGACAUCAACAAACUCACCGACCAGCGAGUAUCUCUCACCCAGGAGAUCUUGCAAGCCGUCCGCUUUGUCAAGUACUUUGGCUGGGAAAGUAGUUUCCUAGGCCGACUGAAAGAAUUACGUGGAAAAGAAAUUCGAUCUAUCCAAACAUUGCUGGCCCUUCGAAAUCUCAUCCUUUGCGUGUCCAUGUCUAUUCCCACGUUUGCCUCCAUGUUGGCUUUUAUCACCUACGCCCUCUCGAAUCACGACUUAAACCCCGCGCCAAUCUUCUCGUCCUUGGCGUUAUUCAACUCCUUACGGAUGCCGUUGAACAUGUUGCCUAUGGUUAUCGGUCAAGUUACCGAUGCCUGGACUGCUCUUAACCGUAUCCAGGAGUUCCUCCUCGCCGAGGAGCAGAAGGAAGACAUUGAGGUAGAUCACAAAAUGGAGAACGCCAUUGAGAUUGAGCACGCUUCAUUUACAUGGGAGCGUCUUCCGACAGACGAAAAUGAUGCCGCCAAGGCAGGAAAGGCCCAAAAGGCAGAGAAAAAGUCACCGAGUCCCAAAAUCACCCAGGGAGAAAAUACUACAGAAAAAGUCACCGAGCCUUUCAAGCUCAAAGACAUGACGAUAGACGUUGGUCGAAAUGAACUUUUGGCUGUGAUAGGAACCGUGGGUUGCGGUAAGAGCUCCUUGCUGUCGGCCCUGGCAGGCGAUAUGCGUGUGACCGACGGAACUGUACGACUGAGCACAACUCGCGCAUUCUGUCCUCAGUAUGCUUGGAUCCAGAAUACCUCCGUCCGCAACAACAUUCUAUUUGGAAAAGAGUAUGACGAGACUUGGUAUGAGCAAGUUGUAGACGCAUGUGCCCUGACUCCCGAUCUGGAGAUCCUCCCGAAUGGAGAUCAGACUGAAAUCGGAGAACGGGGUAUCACCGUAUCUGGAGGACAAAAGCAGCGCUUGAACAUUGCCCGAGCGAUCUACUUCAAUGCCGAGCUUGUUCUCUUGGACGACCCGUUGUCGGCUGUCGAUGCUCACGUUGGACGUCACAUCAUGGACAAGGCAAUUUGUGGCUUGUUGAAGGAUCGCUGUCGUAUUUUGGCAACACAUCAACUCCACGUUCUCAACCGGUGUGAUCGCAUUGUUGUUAUGGACGAGGGACGUAUUGAUGCCGUCGACACAUUCGACAAUUUGAUGCGCGACAAUGUACUCUUCAAGCGGUUAAUGUCUACUUCCAAACAAGAAGACACGGAAGAAGAAGAGGCUGAAGCAGUUGACGAGGCCGUCGAAGAGGCCGAAGAAAAGAAGCUCAUCCCCAAAAAGGCCGCGCCUGCAAAGCCCACGGGUGCUUUAAUGCAGAGUGAAGAAAAGGCCACAGCAUCAGUGGGCUGGAGUGUUUGGAAAGCCUACAUCCGUGCAUCCGGCAGUUACCUCAACGCUAUCAUGGUCUUGAUUCUAAUCGCAGCCGUCAAUGUCGCCAACGUUUGGACCAGUCUUUGGCUUUCAUACUGGACUUCCGACAAAUACCCUAGUUUCUCGACGGGUCAAUAUAUUGGAGUCUACGCUGGUCUAGGUGUAGGCGUUGCGAUUUUGAUGUUUGCAUUCUCAACAUACAUGACCACUUGCGGUACAAACGCAAGUAAAACGAUGCUUCAACGUGCUAUGACUCGUGUGCUCCGCGCCCCUAUGAGUUUCUUCGAUACCACGCCCCUUGGACGGAUCACCAAUCGCUUCUCGAAAGAUGUUACCGUCAUGGACAAUGAACUUUGUGAUGCGAUGCGAAUUUACGCAUUGACGAUGACUAUGAUUAUCUCUGUCAUGGUUUUGAUCAUCGUAUUCUUCUAUUACUUCGUCAUUGCACUCGUCCCACUUACCAUUCUCUUCAUCCUGGCCUCCAACUACUACCGUGCUUCGGCCCGAGAGAUGAAGCGCCACGAAGCAGUCUUACGAUCAAUGGUCUAUGCGAAGUUCGGCGAGGCUAUCACUGGCACAGCAUGCAUUCGCGCAUACGGUGUCCAGGACCAAUUCCGCCGCAGCAUCUCUGACUCAAUUGAUGUGAUGAAUGGAGCCUACUUCUUGACUUUCUCUAAUCAGCGUUGGCUUAGCGUUCGACUUGAUGCCGUGUCUACCGCGCUGGUCUUCGUGACUGGUGUACUGGUCGUCACUUCACGGUUCAACGUUUCACCCAGUAUUUCUGGACUGGUCCUUUCCUAUAUCCUUUCCAUCGCGCAGAUGCUGCAGUUCACGGUUCGUCAGCUGGCAGAAGUUGAGAAUAACAUGAAUGCCACAGAGCGUCUCCAUUACUACGGAACCGAGCUUGAAGAGGAAGCACCCUUGCACCAAAUCGAGGUGGCUGCUAACUGGCCGGAGAAAGGUCGCAUCACAUUCACCAACACCGAGAUGCGCUACCGAGCCGAACUUCCACUCGUGCUCAAGGGCCUGAGCAUGGACGUCCAAGGCGGCGAGCGCAUUGGUAUCGUCGGCCGCACUGGCGCUGGAAAGUCAAGCAUCAUGUCGGCAUUAUUCCGCCUGACCGAGUUAUCAGGAGGUAAUAUUCAGAUUGACGGAAUCGAUAUUUCCACAGUCGGUCUCAACGAACUUCGAUCCCGUCUCGCCAUCAUCCCACAAGACCCAGCCCUUUUCAAAGGAACCAUCCGAUCCAACUUGGACCCAUUCAACGAACACAAUGACAUGGAACUAUGGGACGCCCUGCGCAAGGCAUACCUUAUCGGUCAAGACCAAGAACUCGAAGUCGAAGGCGAAGGUGAAACCUCCACACCAGCAGCCGAAAGCCCGGCCAUUGGCAGCGACGACGGCAAGCGCCAAACAAAACGCCUCACGCUCGAAUCCCCCGUCGACGAAGAAGGUCUCAACUUCUCCCUCGGCCAACGGCAACUCAUGGCCCUUGCUCGCGCACUGGUUCGCAAUGCGCGCAUUAUCGUCUGCGAUGAAGCUACCUCUUCCGUCGACUUCGAGACGGACCAGAAGAUCCAGCGCACUAUGGCACAAGGCUUCGAGGGCCGGACUCUGCUGUGUAUUGCGCAUCGUCUGCGCACGAUCAUCCACUAUGACCGGAUUUGCGUCAUGGACCAGGGCCAGAUCGCCGAGAUGGAUGCGCCGAUUGUUCUGUGGGACCAGGAAGAUGGUAUCUUCCGUGCGAUGUGUGAUCGCAGUGGAAUCACCCGCAAAGACAUCCUCAACGCAGAUUGA